UCCUCCUUCUCUAGAGAGAAUGAAAGUAACCGUGCCAGUCUACGCGGGAGAAAAUGGCAGACAGUCAGGAACUGUUAGACUGCUCGAUCUGUUUACAGUUACUGGAGGAUCCAGUGACAACCAACUGUGGACACAGCUAUUGUGCAAGAUGCAUUAAUGCCUUCUGGGACGGUAACAGCAAUGGAGGAUACAGCUGCCCUCAGUGCAGGCACACUUCCAAAGUGAGGCCUGAUCUGAAGAGAAACACGCUUCUGGCUGCCCUGUUGGAGAAACACAGGACAAACAUCAGUCAAAGUGCUGCUGUUGAAGCUGGUAAUGCCUACGCCGAGCGCGGGGAUGUUGCUUGUGAUGUCUGCACAGGGAGAAAAAGAAAAGCCUCCGUGUUUUGUCUGGUGUGUAUGGCCUCUUACUGUGAGAUUCAUCUGAAGCCUCACUAUGAAGUGCCACCAUUAAAGAAGCACAGGCUGACUCAAGCCUCUGCCAGGAUCCAGGAAAGCAUCUGUGAGCGUCAUGACAAACUUCUGGAGAUUUUCUGCCGCUCUGACCAGCAGUUUAUCUGUCUGCAGUGUGUGAUAGAUGGACAUAAAGGUCAUGACAUGGUGACAGUUGACGCAGAAAAGUGUGAAAUGCAGAAAAAACUGGAGCAGACAAAGCAGGAAGUAGCAGACAGAGUUCUAAUUUCUGAGAGGAGAAUGGUGGAGCUGAGACAAGCUGCAGACUCUAUAAGAGGUGCUGCUUGGGAGGCAUGUGACGAGUUUGAGCAGAUAUGUGCAGAAAACAUCCGCUCAUAUGUCAGUGCUGUGGAGAGAAAAUGCUCCGAGAUGAGAGAAAAAGUCAGAGAAGCAGAGAAAGCAGGAGUGGACUGGACCAACUCUUAUCUUGGGGAACUGCAGCGUGAAGUGCUCCAGCUGAGGAGGAGAGAGGCUAAACUCAACCAGCUGUCACAAACAGCAAACCCAAUCCAGUUUUUUCAGGGUUUCCAGGCUCUGGGUGACCUCCCAGCAUUCACUGACUGUCAUAAAGACCUUGACGUGCUGACGGAGUUUGUUGAUGUACAGAAAGACCAAAUAAAAGGAAUUCAAAACAAAGGAAAGAGUGAUUUGUUCAGUUAUUCUGACAAAAAUGAGGUGCCAAAUAUACAGAGGCAGCAGGAGGACAUAACUUUGAGGAAAGACCUUUUUACAAUAUACAAGAAGCUCAAGUUGGACCUUGACCCAAACACGGUAGCUGCAUGUCUUUGCUUGUCUGACACGAAGGAUGAGCUAUCCUGGGGAGUCCACGACCAGGCUCAUCCUGAUCACCCUGACAGAUUCACCUUCAACUACCAGGCCCUGUGCGAGAAUGCCCUUACUGGAAACCACUACUGGGAGGUGGAGUGGGAUGGUGGCAUUGUGGACCUGGCUGUGUCCUACAAAGGCAUUGAAAGAAAAGGUUCAGGAAAAGAUUCUUAUUUUGGCCACAACAAACUCUCCUGGAAAUUAACUUGCUCUUCACUUGGCUGUGUGUUUUGGCACAAUGGUCUUCACAAAGGCCAAAUUCCCCCGGCCCCCUCACGUAGAGUGGGCGUUCAUCUGGAUUAUGAAGCAGGAACUCUGGCCUUCUACAGCGUUUCUGACCCUUACAGGUUGACACUGCUGCACAAGAUCCAGACCAAGUUCACUGAGCCUCUGUAUCCUGGGUUCUCUGUUGAUUUAGGCUCAUCACUCAAAAUAUGUAACAUCUAACCAGCCUGCUUUAGAAACAUGAGCUGCAGGGAAGCAUGAGGUUUUCUGAUUCAGGGAUAAAAGCUCACGGGUGAAAUAAUACCAGUGCUUGCAUUUUACCAUAAGUGUCAGUUCUUGAUAGAUAAUACAACAAGCAAAGACAAAUGAAGUAGUUAAGAGGGAGUAUGUGUCAUUUAGUAUGAUUAAAAUCCUAUGCAAUUCUUUCCCUUUAUUUCAGCAUUUCUUACAUUUUGCUCAAAACUGUUUCAAAAGAUUGUGUUCAAUUAUUUUCCUUUCCUUUAUUCCCAUUUUUCUUAAACCACAACUGUACUUUGCAUUUUUAUAAUCAUUUUAUAAUGUAUUGUACACAAAUACAAAUAUUUCUUUACAGAUGAUUUGUUUAUGAAUUAUUUUGACUAUGCUGCCAAUUUAAAUGAAGUUUGAAAAUCACUGGCAAUAACCAGGAUGAUCAGGCACCAUCAGUUCAUAAAGAACUCAGAGUUCUUUUACCUCUAGAACUGUGCUCAGAGGACUCAGACCUGCUACAGUUACCUAAUGUCUGUAAAAGCAGAAGUGUAGAAAGUUAGAAUAGAAAAUAAAUUUCGGA